UUCAAAAAUGGAGCCUCUCACAACUACCUAUCCUCUGAAAUACUCGGUGCCCAAAGCCAGGGUCUUUGUUGUCUUUCUGUCCAUGGUUUUGUGUACCACUGUCCUCUGUCUGCUCCAACUCAGAUUUUUUAAACCGAAAACCAAAGAUUUUUAUUCUUUCGAAGUUAAGGAUUCACGAGGAAGAAUCAUUUCCUUGGAGAAGUACAGAGGGAAAGCAACUUUGGUUGUAAACGUGGCCAGUUACUGCCAGUACACAGACAAAAACUACAUGGCACUGCAAGAGCUGCACAGAGAGUUUGGUCCCUCCCACUUCACUGUGCUGGCGUUUCCCUGCAAUCAGUUCGGAGAAUCAGAGCCUAGUUCCAGCCCGGAAAUAGAAUCUUUUGCCAAAGGAAACUAUGGAGUAACCUUCCCUGUUUUCCAUAAAAUCAAGAUCCUAGGAUCAGAAGCAGAGCCUGCCUUUAAAUUCCUAAUAGAUUCUUCAAAGAAAGAGCCUCGAUGGAAUUUCUGGAAGUACCUUGUCAACCCUGAAGGUAAAGUUAUGAAAUUCUGGAGACCCGAAGAGCCAAUAGAAAGUAUCAAGCCAGAAGUAGCAUCAUUAAUCAGGCAGAUUAUCAUGAAAAAAAGAGAAGACCUCUAAAAAAGCCCUUCACACUGAAUCCAUUGAAGGCAUGAGUACGCAGCCUUACUACAUUCCUGGGAAACGUUGCUAGAAGCUAAACUAUCAGGUGAUUUUACUAUUCUUUAAUGUUGGUGUUUUCAGCUACACUACAUCUAAUAACAUUGGAUUGGCUCCUGCUAUGGCCUGGAGAGCUCCUGAGGUU